GGCUCACCCGCCCGCGUCGUCUCGCGCCAGCGGCCUCCCUUCGGCCUGUGAGGAUGCGGGGCUUCGGAGAUCGAGGCCGCGACCGUGACCGUGGCGGGUUUGGCAGUCCUCUUCCUCCAAAGAAAUUUGGAAACCCAGGAGAACGGCUGCGUAAGAAGAAAUGGGACUUAAACGAGUUGCCCAAGUUUGAGAAGAACUUCUAUGUCGAACAUCCAGAAGUGGCCAGACUCACUCCAUAUGAGGUUGAUGAGCUGAGAAGAAAGAAAGAGAUUACAGUAAGAGGAUCAGAUGGGUGCCCCAAGCCUGUUUUUGCCUUCCACCAGUGUAACUUCCCACAAUAUGUAAUGGAUGUCUUGAUCGACCAGCAUUUCACAGAACCAACCCCAAUUCAGUGUCAGGGCUUCCCAUUAGCCCUCAGUGGUCGUGAUAUGGUGGGCAUUGCACAGACUGGCUCUGGGAAAACAUUGGCAUAUUUGCUACCUGCAAUUGUUCACAUCAAUCACCAACCAUAUUUGGAAAGAGGGGAUGGUCCUAUUUGCUUGGUUCUGGCGCCUACCCGAGAGCUGGCUCAGCAAGUCCAACAGGUAGCUGAUGACUAUGGUAAAUGUUCCAGACUGAAGAGUACCUGUAUAUAUGGAGGAGCACCAAAAGGUCCCCAAAUCAGGGACUUGGAGAGAGGUGUUGAAAUUUGCAUUGCUACUCCUGGACGUCUGAUUGAUUUUCUGGAAGCAGGAAAAACCAACCUCCGCCGUUGUACAUACCUUGUACUGGAUGAAGCUGACAGAAUGCUGGAUAUGGGUUUUGAACCUCAGAUUCGCAAAAUUGUUGAUCAGAUACGACCUGACAGACAGACUCUCAUGUGGAGUGCCACUUGGCCAAAGGAGGUACGCCAGCUGGCUGAGGACUUUUUGCAUGACUAUGUCCAGAUCAACGUGGGCAACCUGGAGCUGAGUGCCAAUCAUAAUAUCCUGCAGAUAGUGGAUGUGUGCAUGGAGAGCGAGAAGGACCAUAAACUUAUACAACUAAUGGAAGAAAUUAUGGCUGAAAAAGAGAAUAAGACUAUCAUCUUUGUGGAGACAAAAAGACGAUGCGAUGAUCUAACUCGAAGAAUGCGUAGAGAUGGGUGGCCGGCUAUGUGUAUUCAUGGAGACAAGAGUCAGCCAGAAAGAGAUUGGGUGCUUAAUGAAUUCCGUUCUGGAAAGGCUCCUAUCCUAAUUGCUACGGAUGUUGCAUCUCGUGGGCUAGAUGUGGAAGAUGUAAAGUUUGUGAUAAACUACGACUAUCCAAACAGCUCGGAGGAUUAUGUGCACAGAAUUGGCCGUACGGCUCGUAGCACCAACAAAGGCACUGCCUACACAUUCUUCACACCAGGGAAUUUGAAACAAGCUAGAGAACUGAUCAAAGUGCUAGAGGAAGCCAACCAGGCCAUCAAUCCAAAACUGAUGCAGCUUGUGGACCAUAGAGGUGGUGGUGGAGGUGGGGGUGGCCGUUCUCGUUACCGAACCAGCAAUUCAUCCAACAACCCUAACCUGAUGUACCAGGAAGAAUGUGAACGAAGGCUCCGGGGUGUUAAGGAUGGCCGAAGAGACUCUGGCAGCUUCAGGGAUCGAGAUCGCAGUGACAGCUUUGCCAAUGGAGCCAACAAGGCCUAUGGUGGUGCAUAUGGAAGUCCAAAUUCUGCCUUCGGGGCACAGCAGAGCCAAUAUGGUUAUGCCCAGGGGGCCUAUGGAACUGCCGCUUAUGGCACAAGUGGCUAUGGGGCAGAAUAUGGUGCUGCUGGCUACGGUGGAGCCAACGCUACCACUGCUGGGAGAAACUCACAAAGCACCAGCCAACAGCAGUAUGCAGGGAUGGGCCGCUCAGGCCAGCAGCCACAGCCUCUCAUGUCGCAGCAGUUUCCUCAGCCUCCAGGCACUAACGUGAUGGGCUAUAUGGGACAGACUGCCAGCUACCAGUAUCCACCUCCUCCCCCUCCCCCGCCCCCUUCACGCAAGUGAGACCAUUUGGUUUACUAGCGCCAGUCAAGAUUUGCAAUUUAAGAACCUUCUCUUUCCUUCUUUCCCCCAUCUCACCCCAUUGUGACGUGUUCCAAUGCAGGUUACAUAUAGAGGUCACCAUCCAAAUUCUGCCCAAGACGAUGGUCCCCGGUCCACGUUACUGAUUUAUUUUUAAAAUUAGAAUUGACUGGAAAAACUGACCAUGUUAUAGACAUAUGAAGUUUGGCCUUGCAUGCUUAAAGAAUCUGGAAUGAUUUUCUCUUUUUAAAAGGAAUGGGAAGGGGGAGAGACUCUGCAGGGCAGAAAUGUCCCAGCCCAAUUGUCUUUUGUGUCUGAGGCUUGUGUAAGAAAACUUGCUGCAGAGAGGACGUGUUCUCCAUGCUGUGAACAUCAAAUGUGAUGGUGCUACGGAGUGCUCCCCUCUGAACAGAAAAUAAGAGUGUACUUUUUUCUCCAGAGUUAAGACUUCAUUUUCUAAAAUGAAAAUUGAACACAGGUAUUUGGAUUUGGUAUAGGUGAAUUUUGAAAGUAUAAUUUGUCUAUCUUGGCUCAGCUC